AUGUUUUUCUUCAUUUUAAGAUGCAACGGUCAAACCUUUCAGUGCGGAUACGGAGCUUGCAUUAGUAAGGAAUACUUAUGCGAUGGCCUUAAACAGUGCAUCGAUGGAUCCGAUGAAACACCACAAGCAUGUAAUACGACUCAUAUUCGCAAACGAGCAGCUAGUGAUUCGUGCCCUGAACCUCCGCCAUCUCUCGAUAAAGUUAUAACUUUCAAUUGUGACAGAACCUCAUCAAAAUCUUGUGGUACCAAAAACGGGUAUGUUCCCGAAUUGACUGUCGCCGCGAGCAAGUGUAAGCCGAAUUAUUAUCCAGAAAAAGAAUCUUCACCGUCUUUUUGCUACAAUAACAAGUGGCAGCCACCAUUUGACAGGUGUUUCAAGAAAUGCGAAAAACUGAAUCCGGUGAAUAUUGAUAUGAAAUGCAAUCGCAAAGGUGUGAAUAUUCCAUGUGAAGAAAAUUCUCUGCUAGCAGGGAGUAAAAUUCGCCCAGUCUGCAAAGAAUUGCACAAAUACGGCGAUUUCGUUCCUGAUUACAGAGAAAUUACAUGCAAAGAGAAUGGAAAAUGGGAUAAGACAUUGUUCUCUUGCAUUCCUGAAUGUGGUCGACCAUACACGAAUCCCAAGAAAUUAAUUCAAGGCGGAGUGGAAGAAAGUAUAAGCGAAUCGCCUUGGCACGUUGCAAUCUAUAAUGCAAAGAAAGUUCUCAUUUGCGGUGGCACGAUCAUAAGUCCACACAUAGUUUUAUCCGGAAAAGGUUAUUUCGGAAACACAAAUUACAACACAGCCGAUAUCGUCGCACUUAUUUUGAAAGAAAAACUCGAUAUAAGUGCGACAGUUUUGCCAGCAUGCAUCGAUUGGGCAGGCAGCGGUACAAUAACGCAUCCUGAAGAAAAUACCCUGGGAAAAGUCUCAGGAUGGGGCAGGAUCGAAUACGAAGGGAAGUACAGUGAAAACUUAACGACUGUCAAUUUACCAUUCAUUAGUCGGCAACGUUGCUAUAACAUCGUGCGACAUGAUUUUAAACCAUUUAUAACAUUAGAUAAAUUCUGCGCUGGCAAAGAAGGUGGCGCUGGUGUACUGCAGGGAGAUAGCGGAGGAGGUUUUUUACUUCGAAAUGGUCCAUUUUACUAUCUUCGCGGUAUUGUUAGCUUGAAGCAAGCCUCAAACAGUUCUAUAGCAGCGUUUACAGAUUUGACAGAUCAUAUCGAUUGGAUUCUAAAGCUGCAAGAUGAAGUUAACAAUAUAAUGAGUGAACCUUCAAAAAGAAAUUCAUUGGAAACGUUAGGAGAACGUAUUUGCAAGGAUUACGAUGUCAAUAAUUGUACGAAGAUUGAAGACUGUUUAAUGGCUGAUCAUCUUAUUAUCACCAAAAAAGCAAUAUUUUGUGGUUACAAUGUUGAUGAUACGGAAAAAAUAUGCUGUUCACUGCCAAACUCUACACAAUCGUUUUCAUCGUCAGAGCCAGAAAACCAGACGGAAUCAAAUUCUAAAGCUAACGACUCCAAAAGUUCACAAGUCUCUACAUCAGCAAAUCAAACAAUACGACAGCAUAAUAUAACAAGAAUGGACAAAUACGCAUCCUAUUUGGACAGCUUCUGUGCCCAACCGAAUUCAUCGAAUACAUACGCUAAUUUUGUAGUAGCACCACUGAACGUGGCAAGAAUAUUAGAUGCAAUUUCACUGGGCUGUACGAACAAAACAGCAGCAGAAUUAAGUACAUUACAAAAUGUACUGCUCAACGAGAAUACAAGGAAGAAUUACGGGUGA